UGGAGUGAUGGAUGGAGAGACCAGGGAGUUUAUACCUGCCAAGAGAUGCAGACUCCCCGCUUGCUGGGAGUACAGUAAUCUGAAUAACAGCUUUUACUGGCUGCAAUGUAUUGACCCGCUUCAGAUUUAGCAACUCAUUCCUAAAGCUUCCCUUCCUCCCUCCCCUAUCGCCUCCCAGUAUCUCUCCUCUUCCUCCCUCCCUCACUCACUCUUUCUCUCGCUCUAUCAUCCCUGUUUUCAUCUGCUGUGCAGUCAGUCUGCCUCGAGCUGAUGAGCAUAUUGGCAGCUGCAUCAUUCCACCCUGCUGAGUUAUUGGGAUUUGUUUGCUACUUUUCCUGUUUUGUAUUGAAGCUGUCCCUGCAGCUGUACUCGCACCUCUCUCUGUGUGCGUGUGUGUGAGUGUGUGUGUGUGUGUGUGUGAGAGAGAGUGUGUGAGAGAGUGUGUGUUAUUGGGGUAAUUGUUAUUGACUGACUGUAUUGUGCUUCAUUUUUUUUUUUUUUUUAUAUUAUUGAUAGUUUUUUUGUUUUUUUGGCCCCACCUUCCAUCAGGGCGUGGGAAACCAGAGAUAAUGUUCUCGUCUUCGUCCAGAAACUCUCUGUUUUCACCCUGGUCGUCCAUGGAGCAGUCGGACUCUGACGUGUUGGACAUCAGCACCAAAGUGCAGCUGCACGGGGUGCUGUGGAAGAGGCCCUUCGGACGGCCGUCGGCCAAGUGGUCCCGCAGAUUCUUCAUCAUCAAAGACAGCUUCUUGCUCUACUAUGCAGAGAGCGAGAAAAAAAACUUUGAGACCAACAGGUACUUCAACAUCCACCCCAAGGGAGUCAUUCCUUUGGGAGGAUGCGUGGUGUCAGCUAAUGAAAACAUGGGCAUGCCCUUUGCCAUCGUGGUCAACCUGGAAGACUUUACUGGUACCAUAGUCCUGGCUGGUGAGUCUGAGGAUGAGCAGGUCCAGUGGAUGGAGAUGCUCCAGGAGUCAGGGAAAGUCACGUGGAAGAAUGCCCAGCUGGGGGAGGCUAUGAUCGAGAGCCUGGAGGCUCAGGGGCUGCAGCUGGCCAAGGAGAAGCAGGAGUACCUGGAUAAACUGAUGGAAGAGACUGAGGAGCUUAGUCACCAGAGAGCGCAGAGAGAGGAGCUGGAGCGCCUGAACCAGGUUCUGGAGGAGGAGAAAAUGAAGUUUGAGGAGGUGGUGCUGGAGCUGAAGGCAGAGCAGGAGCAUAUCAAACUAGACCUGGACGGCACAGCUCAGUCCCUGAAGGGGGUCGAGAGUGAGAAAGAAGAGUUGAGCAGUUUAACCGUCAUGCUGCAGAAAUCCAUUGAGGAGCUCUCUCAGGAGAAACAGCGGACUCUGGAGCUGCUGGGGGUGAAGGAGCAGGAGGAGAAGGAGGUGGAGGCGGCAAAGAAGUCUGAAGACGGCGAGGAUCCCGGAGAAGUGGACCUGCUGCAGGACCUGCGACACAUUGAGGAGCAAAUGAAGCUCCUGGUGAAAGAGAAGGAGCAGGCUGACGAGAAGCUCAUGGAGAAAGAGAAGCGGGCUACAGUCUUGCAGCAGGAGAGGGAGUACUACUCGUCUCAGGCUCGGACGCUGCAGCAGUCGCUCUCUCAGCUCACUGCGGACAAGAGGCAGACCGAGGCCGAGCUCAAGGCAGAGAUAGAGUCUCGGGUGGAGCUGGAGAAGAGACUGAAGCUGGCUGAAGAGGCCCUGCAGGACUUAGAGAAAGGCCUGAACUCGGUGGAACGGACCAAAGAGAGAGACGAGAAGAUGAAGGGGGACGUGACUCAGCUGAGGAAGUUCUUUGAGGAGUGUAUCUGUGCGGCAGAGAUCGAGGCGAAGCUUCCAGCGAUAAUGAAGAACGCUGUGUAUCUGCACAAAGCUGCUGCACGCAGAAUCAAGAGCUGCAGGAUCCAGAGGAGAGCCUCCAGACACCACUGGCUGAAACACUCCAAGUCUUUUGCUGUAAGCAACGCAGACGACGACAGCAUGGAGGAGCUGCGGGAGACGGCACGGCGACUGACCUCUGACAGCAACUUCAGAGAGAGCGUGUACAAGAUCAUCACUCGCAAGGACGCCACAAAUAAAACAGAGGACUGAGAGAACGAGGUACAGGAGGAGAAAUGGUCCUUAGCUUUACCUCAGUCCACACAGUGAGUGCUGUAGAGAUCCUGAUCCCAAACCCACCGUUAAAUUACUGUAGAUGAUUGUACACAGAAAUCUGUUCGACGGUUGCAAUAUUAAGAGCAAUCGAAAUUUAAUUCUGCGAACACUGGCUAAACCCUUUAGAAACUGGUUCUCAGACCCCCUCAUGGGCUUCUUUCAACCAAACAGUUCCAGGAACCACAAGAACCAAACUCAGGAAGUCCUUUUUGAGCAUCCCUGUUUAGAGUUUCCAUCUGAAAAAACCUGAAGAUUAGACAAAUUAGAACGAUUUAUGAUUUAAAAACUACAGCAGCAAUUGAAAUGUAAUUUUCAUACUCCUUUCUUUCUUUGUAUUCACUGUUACAUGACUCCGAUAUACUAGUUGGAUGUAAAGAAUACAUUUAAAGGAGACAUGCAGAGGUGAAAAAUGAGACUGAAACCUCUACUGGGUGUUUCACUCGUAUUUAACAACACAAUAAAACAAUCAGCAAAUAAUACUAUUUUUUUUGUUCACACACUAGCACUUUCCUACGGCCACUCCCUUCUUUCUUUCUCAAGCUAUUGGGGAAACAGAAACUUAACCUGCAUUUAGGGUAGUAGGGUAGUACUGUUAAUGAGGUUUUGUUGUCUGAGUUCCUGGAAAAGUUCCUGUCGUGGGAAAAAGUCCUGUUAGUUCCUGGAACUGUUUGAUAAGACACCAUCAGACUUUAUUUAGCCAGAGAGCAAUUAUGAUAAUUAAGAACAGCUGUUCUCUCAGUAAGGUAUUACACUGCACUACAUUAACGUCCUAAUUAAACUACGGAGUAUUUGACCAUUUGGGACUCUGGACUCCACCUGAUAAAAGGCCGUAAUGUUACUUGACAUUAUUAACAUGUCCUAGAUCAAAAUGUGUAAACAGCUUUCAGUCGGCAGUGUGUGACUGUAGCCUUGUACCUUGAGUUUCUAGUGUUUUCAUUUCUCUAAAAAGAAGUCCUACUAUAAUAGAUUUAAAGUAUACAGAAAAUAUUUAGCAGAUAGCACAGACAAUGCAAAUCCAUCUUGUAAAAGGUUUGUUUUUAUUAUUCUGGUUUUGAUUGUAUGCACAGAUUGUGUCCUUUACUUUAACAGAGGUUUAAAGAAAACAAUGAACUCACAGACGUGUAUGAUAUCGGCCAUUUCAUUAUUGCUACAUCUGAAACUCUGUCUUCAACGAAGCAACUCAAUGUAAUUCACUGACGCAAGCAUUUUAUGAUAAUGUACAAAUGAUAACUUGUAACAGAAAGGAUACAGAAAAGAAGCCCACAUGUCAGGGGAAGGUAAGAGGGAACAAACGAUGGACUGAAUAACAUGCCUUGAUGCUAAUAAAGCUGUGUUUGAACCUUG